GGGACGGUUGAUGUUUUUCUGUUUGACCGUCGGGUGCAUCGUGGUUUUCGUCAGUCCGUGGCAGAUGAGGAACCGGUUUCGGAACAAUGCCUGUCUCGUCAAAAACAGAUACAGUGUCGAGAAGAACUGCCAUGGGGCACGUCGUUCUUUCUACAGCUUCCAUCGCGUGAUUCUCGACUGCAUUAAGGUUUACUCGAAGUGCCCUCGAGUGCAUACUAGGAACGAUUACAGCAGCCUGAGCAGUUGUCGGAACGAUUGCCAGUUCCACAUGAAGCCACCAACCGACUUUCCUUCAACCGCAAAGCCCGAAGGCGGAGCUCCAGAUGAUGGAGCAGCUCCUGCUCCUGGUCCUGCUCCUGCUCCAGAGGGCGGAGCUCCUGCGCCCGAGGGAGGAGCUCCUGCCCCUGAAGGUGGCGCAGAUCCUCCUGCUGGCGAUCCUCCCGCUGGAGGACGGAGAUCAGGAAAAUCGAGGAAAUGGGGGAGAUCGGGAAAGGUCCAAGCUAAAGUUAAGCCCAAAUCACCACCAAAGGGCCUGAGAACAGGAAAACGCGUCCCAAAGUCCCAAACCAAAACCAAAACUUAUUACUAAUGCAGGAUCCUGAUCUAGAAUCCUUUUAUAUUAAGGUUGGAAUAUGUCUGGAAGGGUAUAAAAAUGGUUAAUAAGCUUAAUAAAUUAGUUCCACAUUUUUUUGCAUUUUUGUAGGCUUUUAAUUCAUAAUUCUACGGCUGAUCCGCUUUGAAACGCAUUUUAUUUCAUCAAGCUUUUUUUUAGAAUAUAUCGCACCACAAACUUAUGUGUUUAUUUUUCUUUCAACCAAUCCAA